AUGCAGGCCCAAAUCAACAAAGUAAAGCAGGACCCUAAGUAUCAGGCCGAUACGAGGAAAUUGGAAAUCAUUGAGACUCUGGAUGGCUAUAACCAGAUUUUGGAGAGGUCUCUCGGUCAGAUAGAGGAAAGAUUGGAAGAGCUCAAAUCAGAACUUAAAAAGCCUCAUAACGGCUCACUAACAUCCAGGAAGCAAAGCCUCAAAACCGAGACUCUCAAGAGUAAAAAGAGUCUCCAAAACUCCCAAAUAAAACAAUCAAUCACAUACCUCUCUAAACUAAAAUCCCAAGAAAAAUCCCUCAAACAAAAACUAAAGAAAGCCAAAGGCUCAAGCAACUUCACCGAAAAACAGAAAUAAAAUUGACCAAAACCUUCAAAAAAUCCACGAUCUCCAAAAACAACUUUACGACCAAAAUCUCACUAUCAAGCGUACAGGCGAGAAGUUCUUAAAGAACUCCAAAAGAGACCGCAGUCCUCAGAAGCUGAAGGGCAUGGUCAGCCAGAUCAAUGACUUCAAGCAUAAAAUACUCAAGAGACAAGCAGAGUACGAGAUGCAAGAGGAUCUCACUAAAGAACAGAUUUUGGAGAAUACUGAUAAACUUGAGUUCCAGAAUGAAGAGAUACUUGAGAAAAUUGAGAAAGUGAAGGGAGAGAAGAAGUCAAAGGUGUUGAAUGAGGAAGGGAAGAAGAAAGAUAUUGAGAGAGUAACGGCUGAAAGAGAUGAGGCUAAAGAGAUAUUUGAGAAUAUGAAGAAAGAAAAUGAGCAAGAGAUUAAAUUUUCUAAAUAAAAUCACUAAGGAGGUUCUUUCAGAGCAUAAAGCUCUUAAGUUGAAGUUAGCUGAAGUUGUCAAAGAAGGAAGAAUGCUGAAGAUUAAGAUGAAGCAGAAGGAAAGAAAACUUAAUAUGGGUGCGAAGUUAAAUCCGCUCAAUCAUACUCCACACUCUCCAGCAAAAUCUAAGAAUAAUAAUAAAGAUCUUCUUGGAGUAAGGAAUUCUGGGACUAACUCAAUGGUCAAUCUAAAAAGCACUGAUAAAGAACUAGACGAAACCCCUGUAAGAGUCUCAGCAGAUAUAGGUUCUACAAAUCAUACCACGUUACCCCAAAUUAAAUAAUUCUCAAUUAUACAAAACAGA